AAAAUCAAACCAAACGUCAAGCCAGACUCGCAAUCCUCAAACUGCUCCGCAAGUCGUGUUUUUGCUAUGAUCUUUUUACUAUAAAUCUAAUUAUAACUCGUAGUAAACUCUUACAAAAUAGUGUGUCUAGACGUUAGCGGCCCGCGUACAAUUAUUACUUGUGAAUCACAGUUGUGUCACUGAACAACAGCAACGACGACGAAUCCCACCCAAGAAGAACCGCAAAAUGCAGCCCAGGUGCGGACGGCGGAGGUCGGCAUCGUUGGCGCUUAGAUAAUUGCGGCGGGGACCUUCGGGUCGAUUGUCCUCAUUUCGGGUGAAGUCAUCGCUGCUGUUCCGCAUUCCUGCUUUCAGAAAACGGCGAAAGCGCGAUGGCCACCUACAACAAUCCGCACUGGCUGCUGUCCCACAUCCGGAACUCGUUCAUCUCGACGGACGACACGGGGCUGAGCGAGACGGUCAUGCUGCUGGAGGACCUUCCGCACCAGUACGCAAAGUUGCACAAGCAAGCGGUCCGGGAGCGGGAGUUGGGCGGGGAUGAUGGGCGGCAGAUGGGUUCGGGGAAGUCGUUUGAGAGCUUUUACUGCUACCCGGGGCUGGACGAGUCGGACGAGGAGGAGAUGGACUCGCUGUCGCAGUCGUACGAGAUUCAGAUGGACCAGGACAUUGGGUUUCACCGGCAGCGGUCGAACACGGCCCAGAAGCUGGAGCGGUUGGAAAUUGCGCGGAGGAAGGCGAGCAAGGUGAAGAAUAUCAAGUGCGAGAGUGCGGUGCAGCGUUCGGAGGGUGGAGAAGAUGACGAACUGUUUGUGAGGAAGGAUGUUCGGGAGGGGGAGGAUCGGACGUCGAUGCUGUCGAAGCAGUUGGAGACGUUUCCGACGGUGCCGCAGAACAAGUUCCUCGAGUACGCCAAGUACGAUGGGACGUCGCAGACGGAAGUGCCGACGAAGAUGUUCAAAAUAUUCCUUAUGCUACUGCCGGAGGAGCACCAACAGCGGUCCUACCCGAUGCCAGUUUGUGUCACUGCCAAAGCAAAUAUUCAGGAUUUUAUCGGUUUAAUCUGCUACAAGUGUAGUUUAGCACACCCGGACUUAAGCCUUAAAUCGGUCAAACAUUACGGACUGUUUAUGUCGGAGGAGGACGGCGAGAUUGAUUUGGACUUCCCCGCGCUGGAUGUGCGAGAGCCUUGCUCAAAGUUUUGCUUCACGCAUUUGGCGCUCGCCGAGCGGAGACCGUCGGACCAGCGGACGCGCUCGAUGACUUCCGAUCUAGGCGAAGUCAGCACGCCGAUUGCGCUCUCCCCGGAAGAAACACCGCCUUCGGAACCACGCGGAAUGACCGACCAACAGCGCGAAGACCUGGUCAAAAUGAUCGGCCACACCUCAAAGCUGGAAGCGCCCCUCUACCGGUCCUUCCAGGUUCUCAUCGUGCACAAAGCGCGCCUCAAAACCGAAGUCCAGCUCGGCAUCUCCGGCGACAAGCUCGAAAUCGACCCGAUCCAGCAGAAAUCCGCCAAAUUCUGGCCCCGCCAAAAGGCCGCCAACCACAGCAUGGACUCGGUCGUGCACUGCUCCAUCACCGAGCGCAAGUCCUCCAAAGCCACCAUCCGGAUCGUGUACAGCGCCGCGCCCUUCUCCCAGUCCCUGUCCGUGGCCGGCUCCGAACUCGUCACCCAAAGCCCCACAAUCCGCCAGCAGCAGCAGCAAACGCCGCAAAGUCUGUUCAAACACUACGACAUCGAGACGGACCCGGCCGCGGCGCAGGAAAUCGUCGAAAAAAUCAACAACAUUUUAGAAGUCCGCUCGAGUCCCGUCCGGCGCGAAUACAUCGCCAGCCGGGCGCAGCGUUGAGUCGCUUCGUUUCUCAACCACCCUUCACGCGUUGUGUGUUCAAAAUACAGGUUAUUUAUUCCAUUCAUUCCCUCCACCAAGCAAACUCAAACAAACAAUAGACACAAAGUUCCUCAUUUGUUUUUGGGUUUACAAUCACCGCCAGCCAACAAAUCAAUGCAAAAUGACCAUAAAUUGUAACGGAAGCUGCGAAAGCAUGCCAACCAACAUGCCAUUUUUACAAAACGACUACUAAACUAAACUAACUUUUACACAACUCGCAGAAACUUGAAAGUGUUCACAUCA